AUGUCAGAUCAGUUCGUCCAUAGUCUGUUUCCGCCAACCUGCAAGUUCGAAUUCCUGCCAAAAGAGAGCAUCGAUAAGCUUGUUUUAAAAGAGACUGUUAUUCAGGAACUCUCUGAUCCUGAAAGCCGGUUCAAGCCCGCACAAGAAGAGGAGUUCAUCCAAUGGAUCCUCCACAAAGCGCCAAGACUCUUUCUCACCGUCCUAGACAGUCGUAUAGUCAAGGAGCCGUAUGAUAAGUAUUACUCGUUAUGUUCCUUUCGGGCACGUGGAUUUGAUGACGACCAAAUGCCAUGGACUGAUUCCAGCAUCCUUCGCCCAAUCCAUGCAAGUUCAGACCGAGGCUGGUUCGACCAUGUCUGGAGUAAAGAGAUGAAUACAAAUUUCCGACGAUCUCAGUGGAGAUUUGUAGUACCUACAAUUACCUCAAAACAGUUUAUAUACAAGCUUCAUGCACACCAAGUCCUUCCCUUCCUCAAGGUUGUUAGCGACCCUAAAGAAGGAGCAUUUGGCCGAGUAUAUUGUGUUCAGGUUGAGAAAUCCCACAUUGAUAUUGGUUUCCUCGUUGAGCGUCAUGAGGCGGUAGCUGAAGCUUGGCCCAACGAAGUCCGAGUUUUAGGAAAGACCAAGUCUCUCAACGAUCCGCACCUCAUCACAUGUAUUGCUGCUAUUGAACGGGGCAACGAGCGAUAUCUUCUUUUUCCAUGGGCCCAAGAUGGCAACCUACGAGAAUACUGGGAGACCCCCUCCGAAAGGUUCCAUGCAAAAGAUGCCAUAACUGAGGCACUCGUCCAGCUCAAAGGUCUAGCGACCGCGCUUCGUCACCUGCAUUACUUUGGAUUGCGCGAGGAUGGAUUGCCCGAGGAUUCAGAUGACCUUCCCACCAGUUUGAAGGAUGAGUACGACCAGGCUAGAACCGACAUAUCCAUCAGGCAUGGAGAUCUGAAGCCAGAGAACCUUCUCUGGUUCCUUGAAGAAACUCCCGAUUCCAAGAAAACCCGGUAUCUUAAAAUUGCUGACAUGGGCAUCGCCAAACGACACGUUGUUGCUACUCAGGACCGAGGUUGUCUUACAUCGACUAGAUACGGGACUAUACUCUACGAAGCCCCCGAGGCACAAACAUCGAGUUCUGGGCGAUCUCGCCAGUAUGAUGUAUGGUCUAUGGGCUGUAUCACGUUUGAAUGGGUUAUUUGGAUUUUAUAUGGAAAUGAGCAGCUGAAGAGGUUCUAUUCUCAUCUCAAAAGUAACGGAAAUGAGUUUACACCUUACUACCAGCUUGACGCAAGAUAUAUUCCAAAAACAGCAAAAGUCCAUCAUGCCGUUGUUCACUGGAUGUCUCACAUGAUGACGAAACACUCGGAACUACAGGAGGAAUCUGCCAUUAGGGACCUUCUCGAACUGGUAAAAGACAGACUUUUAGUGGUCCCUCUUCCGGCUCGUCGACCUACAACGUUGUUGGGUACUGGUCAGCAGUACAAUCAGUCCUCCCACCUUGAUCUCCAAGAGGGGCCCACUCAGCCUAGGGCCACAUCGAAAGAGUUCGAAAUCCGUAUGGAUCAAAUUUUGGAAAAGGUAGGAGAGUAUCCGAACUACUUACUUAGGAGUUCAAAUCUGCGUUCUUGCGACCCUCCGCCCGAUUUUAAACCUCAACUGGACCCCGAAAUGAGCUACAGGGCUGAAAUUAAUCAGGACUCUGGCGACUUGGAACAAAGUUCUCUGCAAUGCGAAUUGUGUUCUCUCCUUUGGGAUAUCUCGACUAGAUUAUUGAGCACCCAACAAGUAGCGAAACAAGGAACACUCUACUUCAAGCGAACCGGAUCUCUUCUUAAGAUGGUCGGGACACAACAUGAACCAAUUCCAGCUCUAUCACUGACGGACUAUCAUGACGCACCUUCAGAUGGCGGCAUUCAAAUCGGGUUACCGAAGCUUCCUCCAUCUGGUUCUGAACAGCAUCUCCAAAUCCUUCGAGGAUGGCUUGAUGAUUGUGAUCGGUUUCAUGGAGGUUGCGGGUUCCAAGGUGAUCUGAGCCUCCCUACUCGCUUGAUCGAUGUCGGUAGUUGUCAUUCUCCCAUUCUCCGCUUGGUCGAGACAGCGGAUGGAGCAUUGCAUAGCAAACGAUAUAUUGCUCUUUCCCAUCGCUGGGGUGAUACCCAAGCACACCCUCCAUUUUGUACUCGUCUCAAAGAUCUCACUGGUCGAGGUCAUGACCUUGAAACAUUCAAAAUGGCCCUGCCCGAGGCCGAUGUCCCACAAACAUUCAAGGACGCCAUCGAUAUCACGCGUCGCCUUGGAAUUCGGUAUAUCUGGAUUGAUUCACUCUGCAUUGUCCAAGGCGAGGGAGGCGACUUCAACACAGAGGCUCAGCGCAUGGAAGACGUUUUUAGCUGUGCGUAUUGUGUCAUUGCGGCUAGCCGUGCUUCAAAUCAGCUUGAAGGCUUCAUAAGAGAGCGGCCUCAGCGCAAGUUUGUCACCAUUGAACAAGGUCGAGCAUCCCCACUCUACGUUUGUGAAGCAAUUGACGAUUUUGGUGGCCAUGUUCUCGACGGUGCUUUGAACCGUCGUGGCUGGGUCCUACAGGAGCGUGCUUUGGCUCGACGUACCGUGUACUUUGCGGACACUCAGACAUACUUUGAGUGUGGAGAGGGUGUGAGGUGUGAGACUUUGACGAAGAUGCAGAACCCAAUGGCAGAUCUUCUUGGUGAUGCUAGGUUUCCAGAAAAGGCAAUGAGGACACAGUCUCGAGGCCUCAAGAUUCGUUACUUCCAGUCGCUCUACAAGCAGUACUCUCAACUUGAUCUUACCCAUAUACAAGAUCGCCCAUUAGCAAUAUCUGGCCUCGAAAGCCGUCUUCGCAAAGCCUAUCGUCUGCGUAGUGACCAAUGGGUCAAGGGUGGCUAUGGAAUCUUUGAUGACGGACCUGGCCAUGGACUUUUCCAUCGCAGCCUACUAUGGCAAAGGAGCAGAGAUGAGGCUGUUUUGGAAUUAAUCGACUUUUCCAAGCGCCCAGAAGAUUCAGUACCAACAUGGUCGUGGAUGGCCUUCAAAGGCGGCAUCGAUUACCUUGACCCGCCUUUCAACAAGGUCGACUGGGAAAUGACAGAAGUGGAAUCCCCAUGGUCACGGACCAGUGGUGGUAGCGAGGGCACUCUUAGCUCUCGUCAGCUCAAAGUGAUUGUGCGACCUUUUAAUGUUGCACGGCACCGGCCUGGUGAAAUCGAGCUUAUACACGACAACCCGGAGCGCAAAGGCACCUCUGAGGGCUAUCAGCCCAAAUGUGUCAUCCUUGCCAGGUCUAAGGAAGGUUUGGAGAGAGCGGAGAAGAGUUUCUAUGUCAUGGUCUUGAAAGAAGAACCAAACAUUGACUCGCAGGGACAACAAGUUUUCACACGUCUCGGGGUAGGCCGAAUCAUGGGGAAACAUAUCGGUUGGGAUGAAAGUACACAGAAUGGAGUGGUUAUUUAG